AUGUCGAACCGAAUGUCAAUGUUCUCGGUGGCCUCGACCAACCAGUUCGCACCAUCAGCUGGUGGCCCUCAAACCGCCCAGACCUCGACUACGACGCUGCUAAAUGCCGUUCAUAAUAUCUACUUGUCUUCCCAACCACACAGCCUUGAGGCCAGCACGAGUUUGGUUGUAAACACAUGGCUCACUGCUGCUCAGGCUGGUCCAACAGUUGAUCCUACUCUGGCUGCCCGAGCUUGGGAGCAUGCUCGACGCCGUGCCGAAGAUGGAUGCAUCGUCCUAGGAUCCCUUCAUCAGUCCGCCCCGUCCGUUCUGGUGCCGUUCCUGUCCAACUUCCCAUUUGCUAUUCCCUCCCACGUUUUCAAGGCGCUCGAGGCCGUGCGACCAUUCGUCCGAUGUGUUACACCUCACAAUCCUUCAUCGCCAAGACAGGCAGCUCUAAGUGUUUCUCUGACACUCACCCUUACUGGCCACUUCACAGGUGCCUCACUGUCUCUGUCCAAGGGCGGGAUUGACACCGCCAAUGGAUUACUGAAUAUUCCCGCGGAGGCAGGAUAUCGUGCAUUUGAUGUGUUUUACUACCUGCUCACCUCUGCUUCCACUCCUGCGGAGAGAGAAUUUCUGGGACUGCAGCCUGCAUCCAGUUAUGCCUUGCUAUCCCGCUCGGGCACAUACGACGCCCCGUCCUACCUUCCUACAGCGGAUGACGCCGCUGCCGCCGAUGACUUCCGACAGGCGCUCAAGGAUAUCGGAAUCAAGGGCUCAGCUCAUCGUAACUUCAUCUCGACUCUUGCCGGUCUUCUCAAGCUUGGUAACACGCUUGAUUAUAACAGCGAUUCGGAUUUGCUUGAAGAGAUCUGUGAGGAUGUGGGGGGCCUCCUUGGCAUGGAGCCCGAGGUUCUGUUCCGGCAAUGCAGCACCGAGGAUCGCCAGACCCUUGUGGGUGGUCUCUACGAAGCACUCGUAGACUGGGUAAUUUCCAAGGCAAACGACGCUAUUGCAAGUCAAAUUACUCGCAUCAAAGAGGGCGAAGAAUCGCUUGGCAGCUCAUCCAGCUCUAGCUCUAUUCAGGAAAAUGGUGAUACUGUUUCCAUUACAGUCAUUGAAGUUCCUGACCCUACUCUCGGCAAAGCGCUCUGCAUGCGGUCCAUCUUCGACGAUACUCAAGGCAUCAAUGCCGAAAUCAUUCAAGAUGGGCACACCGCCUCUCCUGCUGGUGCGUCUGUUCUGAGAGAGAUGGAACAGGCCGUAUCGGCGGUAGCCCCUGAUCUGGGGAUCAUGACCGGGCCAGAGGGCAGGCAAAGACAAUACGACUUGGAAAAACGAGAAGUAGUCCUCGAAAAGGUUGCGUAUGCAGCAGAUGAGGACGCUUUUAUCAAAAAGCUCCUGUUUCCUAUCGAGGGCCAAGGAAUCAACCUGGGUCGUGCUGGCCGCUUUGAUCUACCCAACAUCAUCUCUUCCAGCCGCGUUUGGUAUCAUCUCUCGAUGCAUCCAACUGAUGACUCUCCGGUCAGCCUUGCCGCUCUCCCCUCCAUCACAUCUGCAUGGUCUGCAGGCACGGUUUCUCGUCAACUCCGUUCCUGGAGGCUCCCAGAGUGGGCAAACAGGCGGAACAGGAACCUGGACUUCACUGCUGACUUUGACGUUGAUGAGUUUGCUCAACGAUACGCAGCCCUUGGUUGUGGGGAUGGCAAAGACGGUAUUGGAAGCUGGCUUCUUGAGAGAGGAUGGAGCAAUGGCGAAGUAUUCAUCGGCAAGGAGCGCGUUUGGAUUCGCGAGAGCGCUUGGUGGGAAGCUGAAAGCAUGCUCGAUCUGCAGCCCGGUAACCAGCCUCUACCUGAAAAUCCAUUCAACACAGGCUUUGACACGAGCUACUCUGCCAACGGGAGUGGCUACUUUCCCGGCGCCCCCGCAACAGAAAGCGGACUUGACGUGUCGCAUAUGAACCAUCAACGCAACUUGAGCCAAGGGAACCUGAGCCAGAUGACAAUGAGUCAACAUCCCAUGCCUAUGGCUCAACAGCACAACAUUGCACCGUCCAUUGCACCUACCUCCAACCGCGAAGCACCCAUUGGUGAUUACGGUCUGGGCACCAAGGGCGAUGAAUACAAGGGUGAUAUCUUCUUCAACGAAGCCGGUGAAUUUACCGGCAUGAUGGAUCCCGAGUUAGCAAAGAAUAAGAAGGUCAAGACGAAUGAAACGACUGCUUCUCGUCGGGCAUGGGUUAUCUUCGUAUGGUGCCUGACAUGGUGGAUCCCGUCGACUGCACUCCGAUACAUUGGCCGCAUGAAACGACCUGACGUCCGUAUGGCAUGGCGCGAAAAGUUGGUUCUGUUCUUCCUCAUCUUCUUUAUCAAUGGUACCAUUCUCUUCUGGAUGAUCGGUUUCGGCCUCAUUAUCUGCCCCAACUCAGACAAAGCCUGGAAUACAAAGGAAGUAGCCACCCACCAAGGAGAAGACGACUUUUGGGUCAGUGUCCGUGGCAGUGUCUAUGACAUCUCUGAUUUCUGGAGAAGACAGCACAGUGACAUCAACAUCGAGACCACAAAGGAUAACAUGGAACCACUGGCUGGCUUGGACAUGGACGGAUACUUCAUGCCACCAUUGAGCCAAGCUUGCCAAGGUCUAGGUAUCGCCGACACCACAGUCCUGACUCUCAACAACACCCCAGAGAACCCGACUGCCGUCCACACCUCUGGCAAGACAUCGCCCUACAUCAAGAGCAAGCUAUACAAUGAAAGGUGGUACUGGGAUACUUUCCUGGUCACUAUGAAGGAAUACUACAAGGGCGAAUUGGUUAUCUCGGCAAACAAGGUCUACGACGAAGGCAAGAAUGACCAGCACAUGUGGGCAAGAUACGGUGAAGAAGUAUACGAUCUCACAGAUUACUUCAACACCCAAGAUCUGCAACCAAAUGUUGCCAUUUACGAAUUCCUGAACACGAAGGUCUCGAACCUUUGGAAGAAUAACCCUGGUCGGGAUAUCACCAAGGACCUGGACCUCGUCAUAACAAACAACGUGAACAACGAAUCCGAGUAUGCCAACAUCAUGAACAGUUGGAACUGCAUCCAGGAAGUUUUCUACAAGGGCAAAGUCGAUUUCCGAGAAUACCCGCGUUGCACAGUUAACAACUGGAUCCUAUUCGCAUUCACAAUGGUACUCUGUCUGGUCAUCUUGAUCAAAUUCGUAGCUGCCCUUCAAUUCGGCUCCAAGCGGCGUCCUUCCCCACAAGACAAGUUUGUCAUUUGUCAGGUACCAGCCUAUACAGAAGGCGAAGAGUCCCUUCGAAAAGCACUGGAUUCGUUGACGGCACUCCAAUACGAUAAUAAGAGGAAGCUUAUCUGUAUCAUCUGCGAUGGUGUCAUUGUGGGAGCAGGUAAUGAUCGUCCAACCCCUAAGAUCGUGCUCGAUAUUCUCGGCGUUGAUCCCAAGGUCGACCCUCCUGCACUGCCUUUCAAAUCCGUUGGACCAGGUAGCGAGCAAUUGAACUACGGCAAAGUCUACUCAGGUCUCUACGAAUUCGAAGGCAAUGUCGUCCCUUACCUUGUUGUUGUCAAGGUGGGCAAAGAAUCAGAGCAAGCCAAGUCGAAACCUGGUAACCGCGGAAAGCGUGAUUCUCAAAUUCUGUUGAUGAGCUUCCUGAAUCGUGUCCAUCACCGUGCGCCCAUGAACCCCUUGGAGCUUGAAAUGUUCCAUCAGAUUAACAACGUUAUCGGUGUGGACCCUGAGCUCUACGAAUAUCUUCUCAUGAUUGAUGCCGAUACUUCCGUUCAAGAAGAGUCGCUUACCCGGUUGGUAUCUGCCUGCGCUCACAACGCCAAGAUUGCUGGUAUCUGUGGUGAGACAAGUCUUGAGAACGACGAGAAAUCUUGGUGGACCAUGAUCCAAGUUUAUGAAUACUUCAUUUCGCAUCACUUGGCUAAAGCUUUCGAGUCUCUCUUUGGCAGCGUUACUUGUUUGCCUGGUUGUUUCACCAUGUAUCGACUCCGUACUGUGGACAAGGGCAAGCCACUCAUUAUCUCAGACAAGGUUAUCCGGGACUACAGUGUUUGUGAUGUGGAUACACUACACAAGAAGAAUCUGCUGUCCCUGGGUGAGGAUCGGUAUCUGACCACACUUAUGACCAAGCACUUCCCUUCCAUGCAAUUCAAGUUUGUCCCUGACGCAAAAUGUAAGACUGCUGCGCCAGACUCUUGGAGUGUGUUGUUGUCUCAACGUCGUCGCUGGAUCAACUCAACUAUUCACAACAUGGUCGAGCUUAUGAGACUCAGCGAAAUGUGUGGUUUCUGCUGUUUCGGUAUGCGCUUCGUUGUCUUCAUCGAUCUUUUCGGUACCGUCAUUCUUCCUGGAACAUGCGGUUACCUGGCCUGGCUCAUCUAUCGUGUCGCUACCAAACAAGGUCAAUUCCCAAUGAUCAGUAUUGUUAUGUUGGCUGGUGUCUACGGUUUGCAAGCUCUCAUCUUCAUUCUGAAGAGGCAAUGGCAGCACAUUGGCUGGAUGAUUAUCUACAUCAUCGCGUUCCCUAUUUACUCUUUCGCGCUCCCAGUCUAUUCCUUCUGGAAUCAGGAUAACUUCACAUGGGGUAACACUCGUGUGGUCAUUGGAGAAAAGGGAGACAAGAAACUGGUCAUUGUCACAGACGAAGAUUUCGACCCAAGAUCCAUCCCAUUGCAGAGAUGGGAUGAUUACGCCCUUGCCAACAGCCUCCCCGGACGACGUGGCAAUCCCCAGGAUAUGUCAGGGGACCCUUAUGAGAUGGACGAGAUGAAGUCAGUUUACUCAGCUGGUCCUCAGGGUUCUGUCUUGACCGGCAUGCAACGCAACACAUUCAUCCCUCCUCAAUCUCCUUCACCGUACGGUGGUGCCGUGAACCGUGCUUCAACUAUGACGGGACUUUACCAGGAGCAACCAUUGAUGCAGAACCGACAGUCAAUGUUGUCACUCGGCACAGGUAUUCAAGAUUAUAACCGUGCUGCCUCACCUUACCAAGACUAUCCUGCGGCCCAUCCAAGCAUGACAAACCUUCGCGGCCAGUCCAACACGCCCCCGUCAGUAAUGGGAGUUGGAGCAAACAGGGCACCCUCAGCAUUCGGCCGUCGCUCGCCUAUGGUCCCUGAUGCCAUGCGCUCAACCACAUCGUUCGACUUCCAGCGUGGCACUGGCGCCCCAGACGAUGGGAUGAUUGUCGAGUGCAUCCAAGCAGUAUUAAGAGAGGUUGAUCUGGAUUCCGUGACCAAGAAGCAGCUGCGGGCUCUUGUCGAGCAGCGUCUGCAGGUUGAACUCGUCGGCGAACGACGUACAUUCCUUGAUCGACAGAUCGACCGUGAGCUUGAGAAGAUGUAA